AUGGGCUCUCCAGUUUCUGUUGUUGUAGCAGAAAUUGUCAUGCAAAACAUCGAGGAACAAGCUCUAGCUAUCUACACGCGAACUGUACCUCUUUGGUUACGUUACGUUGACGACACAUUCACCGCCGUACACAAAGACGGAAUCGACGAUUUUCACGAACACCUCAACAGACAGAACGCGGACAUACAGUUCAUACAUACAGUUCACCAAGGAGAUCGAAGAAAAUGGUAAGAUACCUUUUCUAGACUGCUUGGUAACUCGCGACAACAACAAACUAAAAACGACUAUUUACAGAAAACCGACACAUAUCGACCGAUUACUAGACCAGUCUUCGUACAAACCGACCUCUCACAAGGCGACUACUAUCCGGACUCUGAUGAGACGAGCGCAACUAGUUUGCGACUCACCUGACAGCCUACAAGACGAGACUGUUUAUCUCAACAACGUUUUUAGUAAGAACAAAUACAACACGGACUUUGUUAGACGGAACACUCACAGUAACACUGAUUCCAACUCUCAGACCAACUCUGGCCCUGUUACGACAGCGACUAUACCGUACAUCAGAGGCACCUCUGAAACUAUUGCACGUAUAUUACAACCUUACAAUAUACGUGUUGCGCACAAACCGAUAACCACUUUACGGCAACUGCUUACUAAUGUCAAGGACAAAAACAAACCGGAAGACAGACAGGGAACAGUAUACAAGAUCAAAUGCUGCGACUGCCAGGCUUAUUACAUUGGUGAAACCGGCAGAAACCUAAGCACGCGACUAACCGAACACAAACGCGCGACGAGGAAUGGUGACGUCAACAAUCACAUUGCUGUGCACCAUUUAAAGACGAAACAUCAAAUUGACUGGGACUCUGCGACAUAUAUAACGUACUCUACAGACUACUAUCAAGGUCUUACUUUAGAAAGCUGGUUUACUAACUUAGAACAAACGCCACUGAAUCGUAGCCAACAGUUACCAGCGCCGUGCAAACGACUUAUUGACGAGAUCAAGCAAAACUAA